AGCAUUAAGCACAAUCAUUUUUUAUUUAUGAUGCUAAGCGUCCAUGAAACCAGUCUCAGUGCUUUAGCAGACAUUCGCGUCUGACAGUUGCAGUUGGGAAUUCACGAGUGCUACUUCGCGAGUGCGUGUGCGCCUUUCAUUUGAUCAAAGCUUAUCUGGGAUUGUGUCAUUUAAUUUGAUCAAUUGACGGAACUGACGCUCGGUUACGAAGCGAGAGAGUAAAAUGUUGGGAAUUGACGAUAAUAAUAAAGAUGACGCGAUCAACAUGCUGGAUCACAGCUGCCGAAUUCAAUUGCGGGAGUCGGAAAUAUUGAUGGGAGAAUUCACGCGGGAAGAACGGAAGUCACAAUUGUAUAUCGAAUUCAACAAUCUCGGUUACUCGGUUGAUCGUAAAGGGAUCAAAAAGACGAUCUUACGCGAUGUGACCGGACACUUCGAACCCGGGAAAUUGACGAUGAUAAUCGGUCCUUCCGGCGCGGGAAAGUCGACGCUGCUGAAAAUCAUCUCGGGCGAGCGAUGGGUCAACGUCGACGGCACCGUUUCUGUAAACGGUGUCGAACAGAACAGAGGAAACUUCCGUAAACAUGUAUGUUACGUGCCGCAACAAUUCGAAUUACUGCCGUUUCUCACGACGAGAGAGACCCUCUAUAUAGCGGCUCUAUUGAAGAUGAAUGUCAAACGAAACGAGAAAGAGAAUGCUCAUCUGAUCGUAAACGAAAUUACUGAGAGUCUUGGUUUAUCAAAUUGCCUAGACACGCUGGCGAACAAAUUGAGCGGUGGCGAACGCAAGAGACUAUCCAUCGGGGUAGAAAUGAUCACUAAACCGUCCGUUUUUUUAUUAGACGAACCGACAAGCGGUCUCGAUAGCGCAGCAUCUAAUCAGCUCAUUAACGUGCUGCAUAAUAUGGCGAAAGCGAACUGCAUCGUGAUUUGCGUGAUACAUCAACCCAGUAGUCAAAUGAUCUCGCAGUUCGAUGACAUUACGGUACUCGAUCGAGGUAGAUGCAUGUACUGUGGUCCGAAAAACAAGAUACUUAAUACAUACGAGAGCGCCGGCUUCACAUGCCCGCGUUUUUACAACAUCUCUGAAUUCGUACUCGAAGUAAUAACCGAACAGAGAGAUGGAGAUUUGGAGAAUCUAUACAAGAUCUGUAGGAGUGAAUAUGAAAAAUACAAAUCGAGUCAUAAACAUCAUAAAAAUGAAAUGAACCAUGAAACGACUUGUUCUAAACAGAAUAUCGAAAAAGACGAUGUCCUCACGUCUGAGAAUAAUACAAAGCAAAGAUUGUCAACGUGGCGACAACAAAAAAUAUUAUUCUUAAGGGCUUUAAUUUGCAUUAAACGAGAUACCACCAUGACGAUGCUGAGAUUUGCGGCGCAUGUAGUAGUAGGACUGCUUUUAGGUGCGGUCUUUUGUGACUUCGGCAAUGAUGCGGAAAAGGUGAACAGCAACAUAGCUUGCUUAUUUUUCUUGUUGCUGUUCUUAUUUUUCGCAAAUUCAAUGCCGGCAGUGCAGAUGUUUCCCACGGAAGCAGCAGUAUUUCUACAGGAGCAUUUAAAUAAUUGGUACUCUCUCAGAUCUUAUUACAGUGUAAAGAUAUUAACGGAUCUUCCGAUGCAAAUACUUUGUUCUUCGUCCUUCUUACUUAUAUCAUAUUAUAUGACGGGUCAGCCAAUGGAAUGUGACAGGAUUUUGCGAGCAUGGAGUAUUGGCGUAUUGAUAACAAUUCUUGGACAAACAGUUGGGAUUCUGACGGGUGCAGCUUUCAACACCGAGAUAGGAGUUUUCUUAAUACCAGCAUUAAGCAUACCAUUGUUGCUGUUUGCUGGAUUUUUCUUAAAGAUAGGGGAGAUGUCGAUGUAUCUGCAACCCUUAGGAUGCAUAAGUUUUUUCAGAUACGCGUUUGAGGGAAUUAUACAAGCGAUCUACGGUCUUGAUCGUCCGAAUUUGUAUUGCUCAGAGGUUUACUGCUACCUUAAUUCGCCAAGCAAAAUUCUCUCGUCGAUGGACAUGCCUACGGUGUCGUUCAGUGUAAUUUUGGUGAUACUCGGUUGUUGGAUAUUCUGCUUACAUGUUAUCAUCUACGUGGUACUUCGUUGGAAAAUUUAUUACGCGAGAAAGUAACAUAAAAUUAAUGUUACUAAAUACGUACAUAAAGUAUGUACUUAUAGAGAAGAUUUGUUCGACGAUUAUCUUUGUAUCUAAAUAAUCUAAAAUAAAUCUUCUCUCUCUCUUUAA